AUCGAGCAUGCGCGUUCGAGCAUUUUCCUUGCAAGAAAGUACUGUCGCUAUAAAUUCUAAUGGGAGUGGGAGUGAAAUCUGAAGAAAACAAAGUAAACAAUGUGAGUGAAGCAGCAAUAUGAAUUUAUUUUUUACUGGAAAAUGAAUUCUUUUAUGUUUGAAUGGGAAGAUGAAGAUAAAUGAAAAAAAUUUGGUAAGUUUCGCUGUCUCAAAAAGUUGCAUCGAUAGAGAAGGUUGGCUUGGCAAACGAGGCGAGGUCAACAAAAGCUUCCAAAAAAGAUGGUGUGUCUUAAAAGGAAAUCUUCUGUUCUAUUUCGAAAAAAGAGAUGACAAAGAGCCAGCUGGUCUAGUCAUUCUUGAGGGAUGCACCGUGGAACUCGCUGAAAAUGAGGAAACUUAUGCCUUUAAGCUUGUGUUCCACGGUGCUGGUAAUAGGACUUAUAUUCUUUGUGCCAGCAGCCAAGAGAACAUGGAACAAUGGAUGAAAGCUCUCGCGUCUGCUAGCUAUGAUUAUGUCAAAUUGAUGGUUGGUGAAUUACAGCGCCAGCUAGAUGAAGCAACAGAGAUGGAAAAACAAGCUUCCUUAACAGUGCCAAAUCAGAUGAAAGGUGGCAAGCUUCCUUCUAACAGAUCUGAUGGUUGUCUUUUUGGGCACGCUGCAGCUGGUGGUCGUGCUCCUAGAUUCAACCCUUUUGAUAAAUGGAAGGCAAAUGGCGAGCUUGAAGCUCCUGUCGAUGGUUCUUCUGCCAUGGCUACUGCUUCAUCAGAAGAUGAUCUUCUUCAUCAUGGUGCAGGCUCUCGUCUUAGGUCGAGGCAACGAUACCUUUUCAUUGAGCUACAUGAGUAUUAUGGCCAAAUUUUUCGUAGGUUGUUCGAAGAGCAAAAGAAGAAAAGCUCUGCUCCAGCUUCCAAACCUGAUCAAGAUUUAAUAUCGUUUGCUUGAUAACAAUUUACUUAUAAGGGCUUUAAAAAGUUUAUUUAAUUGUUGUGAUGGACUUUUACAAUCUUACAAUUUUGUUAUAAAUUUUACUUAUUGUGUUAGAAAGCAUGAUCUAUUUAUAAAUAUUUCAUUUUAUUUCAUGUAAAUAAAUAGCGAUGGAUUUCUAAAUUAACUCAUACAAAUAUUUGCAUUGUUGUUACAUUUAAUAUUGACAUGUUAUCAUUGAGAUUUUUAAAACAUUUUCAUUAUUUAUAUGGUAGACGAAACAAAAUAAAUUUAACCUUGCCAAAUAA